AGAAGCAGCAGAGGAGCCCAGUUGGGUCCCUCUCUGCCUGGGCUUCCCUCCUUCUUCCCUCCUUCCCCGGAGGAAGAGGCGCCUCCCGACCCCUCCUUCCCUCCCCAAAAAGCCCCCUUGGAAGCCUCCAUCCUCCGCCUCCUCCGCCGAAGGAGCCUUUCUCUUCGCAGAGGACCAGCCUUCUUCCUUGGAGAGCAGCUUCCCAGCCUUUGACUCCUCUGCGCCUUCUUCUCCUCCUCCUCCUCUUCCUCCUUCCACCACCGUCGAGGAUCCUCCAGAGGACUGUCCUCCAAGCUCCCUGUCCUCAGAAGACCCUCCUCCCCGGACCCUGGAGGCUGUCCUGCCCGGACACCCAGCCCUGGAGCUCCUGCUUCUCCUUCUUCUUCUCCUUCGAGGGGACGGACGCAGCCUUUGCUUUCCAGGUUCCCACCUUUUCCUUUCCAGCAGAUUUAACAAUGGCAGAGAGAAGAGGACUUCCUUGAGGGUUCUUCUUCUCAACAUCAUCCUCCCAGGUCUUGCAAUACCAUCUUGUCCCUAGAACAUCUGGCCAGGUGUUCUUUUUUGGCCUGAGAGGAUGGGAGUCACUGCCCCCCUGGGACUACUCUUCACCCUGCUCUUGGUGGGCUUUUGGGGCCCAUCUGGUCUGGAAGCCCAGUCUGUCCUCACCGACCAGGAGAUCGAGGAGUUCUUGAAGGGCUUCCUAGGAGAAGGCCAGGAGGAGGAAGAGGAGCAAGGCCCAGAAAGGGAGAAGAGGGUCCUGGGCGAAGAGCUGCCUGGAAGCCAAGGAGGGCCGGUGGUCCCCACAGAAGGGGACAGGGCCCACCUGGAAGGGGAAGAAGGCCCACAAGAGAAAGUGAAGGAGAAGCCUAAGAAAGGGAAAAAAGAGAAACCACCCAAGCCAACCAAGAAACCAAAAGAGAGACCUCCAAAAGCCCCUAAGAAAGAAAAGUCACCAAAACCCACCAAAAAGCCAAAAGAAAAACGUCCAAAGGCAACGAAGAAACCAAAGGAAAAAGCUCCCAAGGCCACAAAAAAACCAACUGGAGGAAAGAAAACUGGGAAGCCUACUGCCCCCAUUCAGCCCUAUGAGGAAGAAGAGAGGUAUCACUAUCCUGAAAGGCCACUGAUCCCACCCCAAGCCAGAGAGGAAGAUGGUUAUGGGGUGCCUGAUUCCGUGCGAUUCCACUCUCCCUAUGGGAAGGAAGAUGAACACUCCCGAGUCAAUGAAGAAGGAGGGGAGUCUCUGUUCCCAGGGGAGCCAGAGGAACCACGAUGGGAUGAGAAACGGGAUCCAAACAGGCAUCACACUGAUUUCUAUGAGCCUCCAACAGAGCCACAGGAGCCUGAAAGAGAGGAUGUGAACCAUAAAAGCCAUCCAGAAUCUCAUGGAGAGCUGGAGCCACCUACAUCGGAUUAUAAUGAACAGAUUGAGCGUGAAGACUAUGAAGACUUUGAAUACAUCAGACGCCAGCACAAACCCAGCAGACCGCCAAAGAAAAAGAAACCCGAGAGACCCAGACUAGAGACGGAGGAGAAGCCAAAAAAGACAGAGGAGCCUCCUACUCCACCUUUUGAGAAUCAUUAUGAAGAAGGGUUAGUGCUGCCAGAUUAUGGAGAUGUGGACUAUGGUCUCCCUCCACAGAAGCCCAGAUUCUACCCCAACAAAAAAGAUGAUGAAGAUGAGAUGGAAACAGAUGAAGAGAAACUCAGGCUAAAGAAGCCUAAGAAAGGGGUUGGCAGCAGCAAGGAAGAGGAGGAUGGCGAGACAGAUGAAGACAAAUGGACAGAAGAGAAAAGCAAGGAACGGAAAGGGAAGCCAAAAAAGGCAGGAGGGAAAAAAUGGGAGACAGAUGAAGAUGAUGAUGAUAAGGAGUGGACUCCCGAGGAGAAAAUAAAGUGCCCUCCCAUUGGAAUGGAAUCCCAUCGGAUUGAGGAUGAUCAGAUCUUAGCUUCGUCUAUGCUGCGACAUGGUUUAGGAGCCCAACGUGGGCGUCUCAACAUGCAGACUGGGUCCAAUGAAGAUGAUUACUUUGAUGGGGCUUGGUGUGCAGAAGAUGAUAGCCGCAUACAAUGGAUCCAGGUGGACACCAGAAGAACCACCAAGUUCACAGGAGUCAUCACUCAGGGCCGUGAUUCUCUCAUCCAUGAUGAUUUUGUUACUACCUUCUACGUGGGUUUCAGCAAUGACAGUCAAAACUGGCAGAUGUACAGCAAUGGCUAUGAGGAAAUGCUUUUUUAUGGCAAUGUCGACAAGGACACCCCUGUGAUGACUGAAUUCCCAGAGCCAAAGGUUGCCCGCUUCAUUCGUGUCUAUCCACUCACCUGGAAUGGCAGCCUUUGCAUGAGGCUAGAAGUACUGGGGUGUCCUCUUUCAAACAUUCAUAGCUAUUAUAGCCUGCAAAAUGAAGUGAUGACUUCAGUGGACAAUCUGGACUUCCGCCAUCACAACUACAAGGACAUGAGACAGCUUAUGAAAGUGGUGAAUGAAGAGUGUCCCACCAUCACCCGGAUCUACAAUAUUGGCAAAAGUUCCCGAGGACUGAAGAUCUAUGCCAUGGAAAUUACUGAUAAUCCAGGAGAGCAUGAACUGGGAGAGCCAGAGUUUCGCUAUACAGCAGGAGUCCAUGGCAAUGAGGUCUUGGGACGGGAGCUUGUACUAAUGCUGAUGCAAUUUAUGUGCAAGGAGUACAAGGAUGGAAACCCGCGUGUGAGGAACCUGGUGACUGAGACCCGCAUUCACCUUGUCCCCUCACUCAAUCCUGAUGGCUAUGAGAUCGCCAGCCAAAUGGGCUCUGAGCUGGGAAACUGGGCCUUAGGACACUGGAAUGAGGAAGGAUAUGAUAUCUUUGAGAACUUCCCAGAUCUUAACAGCAUCCUCUGGGCUGCAGAAGAAAGGAAAUUGGUACCACACAAAGUCCCCAACCACCAUAUUCCAAUCCCUGAACAUUACCUUGCAGAGGAUGCUGCUAUGGCAGUGGAGGUGAAAGCCAUCAUGGCCUGGAUGGAUAAGAUCCCAUUUGUUCUGGGAGCCAACUUUCAAGGAGGGGAGAAAUUUGUUUCAUACCCCUUUGACAUGGCACGUCCUGCCAGUGAGAAUGAAGUGGCUCCUCCUCCACCAUUGGAUGACUAUGAAGAGGAGAACCCAGAACUCAAAGAGACUCCAGACCAUGCCAUCUUCCGCUGGCUGGCCAUUUCGUACGCCUCGGCUCACCUCACUAUGACCGAGACCUUCCGAGGCGGAUGUCACUACCAGGAUAUGAGCAAUGGAAUGGGGAUUGUCAGUGGUGCCAAAUGGCAUCCACGAGUGGGCAGCAUGAAUGAUUUCAGCUACCUUCACACCAACUGCCUGGAGCUUUCCAUCUAUCCAGGGUGUGACAAGUUUCCCCAUGAAAGUGAAUUACCACAGGAGUGGGAAAACAACAAGGAAUCUUUAUUGACAUUCAUGGAGCAGAUACAUCGGGGCAUUAAGGGUGUUGUGACAGACCAGCAGGGUGAGCCCAUUGCAAAUGCCUCCAUUUCUGUAGGGGGAAUCAAUCAUGAUGUGAAAACAGAAAGUGGUGGAGAUUACUGGCGCAUCCUGAAUCCUGGUGAAUACCGUGUCACAGCCAGAGCUGAGGGCUACAAUCCCAGUAUCAAAACUUGCAAUGUCUUCUAUGACAUUGGAGCCACCCAGUGCAACUUCAUCUUGUCACGGUCUAACUGGAAACGCAUAAGGGAGAUCAUGGCUAUGAAUGGGCACAGACCAUUAGGAAUGCCUAUAUCUGGCCGACCUAUGACGCCCCGGGAGCGCAUGCGAUGGAGGAUGAGAAUGCGCCAGAGAGCUCGCCUGCGCCAACAGAUGCGCAACCGGCUACGGCAAACCACAAGCACUCCAACCACUCCUGCCCCAACAACAGAUUUUCCCUUCUUAUUCAGCAGCACCACACUCCUUCCAUGGAGUCAGGAGCCUCCUACUGCUCAAACAGCCACUGCCUCAGAAACUGAGGUCUACACAGAGACUGUGACUGAAUGGGAAACAGUAACCAAUGAUGUAAUAGAGGAAGAGACCUGGAAGGAGAUCAGAGAGGAGACCACAGGCACAGCUUUUCCCAUGACCACAGCAGAGACGUACACAGUGAACUUUGGUGAUUAGCAACAACUGUCCAACGUGCGGUGAUUAUGGGCCAGGAACACUUGUAAAGCAUUCUUAAAACCUUCUCUAGAGCAGGCUGCUGUAUAUGUUCAUCAUAGCAAAGUAGACACCAUCACCUGCUUUUAGAACCUCCAGGAAAUCCAUUGCUUUAAGCGAACUCCAGCGACCACAGCAUUCAAUCACUCUCUUUCUUUUACAUAUGCACAGAUACAAUAGCUUGUUUUUAUUCCCAAAGAUCUACUAUUCCAAUCAUACACCUAGCAAAUGGGAAGUUGAAGCAAGUGUGUCAUGUAGCCAAGCUUGGUUCUGAAGCAGAAAAUAGGGUAAGAACAUUUCCCCCGCGUUUGAUUCAUGAUGUUUUUAGCUUUUUUUUUUUUUUUAAAACUUCUCUCUCCUGUUUUUAUAAAACUCAUUACAGUGAGGGCUGUCUUUAUAAAAUUCAUAUUCAAUAAAAUUUCAGGAAGGGAGGCACAAAGCUGACCAAUAUCUAGGCAUCUAGGGGUUCCUCCUCCAUAUUAAUUGGGACCGUAAGCAGAUUAGGCAGCCUUCAUAUACUUUGGCCACACACUAAUACAGAGUUCAAUGCUUUUAAAAUCAAUAUAUGUCAUCACAUCUAACUGUGCUCUAGCAUCCAUUGCAGCCGCCUCUUUUCUUAAUAAUUCGGAUACCCAGUUUUGUUGGGGCUUGAUCAUUAUUAAAAUAUUUGAAUGAGAAGUGAAAAAAGAAGCCCAAGUGCCAGACUGUAGAAGCAAAGAAAAGAACUUGACAUAUUAAAAAAGUACCAUCAGUCUUUUUACUACUGAAAGUGUCAGCCAUGCUUAAAUUUCUACAUUUCUAAACUAAUCUAGUCUCCUCAGUUCUUAUCUUCACACUCAUGAGAAUUAGAAACUUGCCAGCUUACUCGGUGGUGUCCAGCAUUCCAUGGGAACUAUGAGAUAAGAGUUCACUCUGACCUUAACACUAUUCCAGCUGCCUUCAAGGACGUUUUCCCUUGCAGGAGCCAAGAGAGGAGAAAAUGAUUUUUUCCAGGUUCAUUACUACAAGCCAAUCAAUGCCCAAGCCAUAGCAGCCCAGGAGGCAGGUAAAGUACAAUCGUGUGUCCUUCUGACCUUCUAAGAGUGCUUGUUAUUUGAAUAAAGUGAGUUAUAUAAGGAGA